UGGUCACUGUCGAAAACGAAGUUACUCGAAUUGACUGAAAUUAGUGGAAUAAACUGUUUCGAAACAUUAGGAUCGGUUUAUAUAGAGUAGAUGGUUUUGUUUCUCCUUUCUUUUUGCAAAUAAAGUUUUAAAAAAAGCCGAACUAACACGAUGUGAUUUAACGAGGAAAAUUCCUCAUUAAGUUGUCAUGGUUCCCUAAGAAGAUUGAACAGAUAAAAUUAUUAUUACGUGUUUCAAUGUAUUUUGUCAAUAUGUUGCGAAUGCGUAGGAGCUUUGAUUUUUUUUUCUUCCAUUUUUUUUGCGAUAUUGAUUGCCUUCUUUUUCGUGAUGUUGAGUGAACAUAAUGAAGAGUAAAAUGCCACCAUUUCGAAGGAAAAAGUCUGGAAAAUCUUUCCCUGUUAAAGUCUGUACUUUGGACGCUGAAUUGGAGUUCAGUUUAGAGUGGAGAUCAACAGGGAGAGAUUUGUUUGAUUUAGUCUGUCGUACGAUAGGAUUGAGAGAAACAUGGUAUUUCGGACUGCAGUAUGAGGAUGCCAAAGGAUUCAUAUCAUGGCUAAAAUUAGACAAGAAAGUGCAAGAUCAAUGUAUUUCCCAACAACCGACGACACCUUUCAUGUUCCUGGCAAAGUUUUAUCCGGAAGCUGUCGCAGAAGAAUUAGUGCAAGAAGUGACACAACAUUUAUUUUUUCUUCAAGUGAAGCAAGCCAUCCUUUCUAUGGAUAUUUAUUGUCCUCCUGAAGCAUCCGUGUUAUUAGCUUCUUACGCGGUUCAGGCAAAGUACGGGGACUAUGACGAAGUCUCGUACCGUCCAGGAAUGCUUGCCAGUGAAGAUUUAUUGCCGCAGAGAGUAAUCGAUCAGUAUCAAAUGACACCUGAAAUGUGGGAGGAUAGGAUAAAAAUUUGGUACGCAGAUCAUCGUGGGAUGUCUAGAGAUGAAGCAGAGAUGGAAUAUCUUAAAAUUGCUCAGGAUCUAGAUAUGUACGGUGUGAAUUACUUUCCUAUUAGCAACAAGAAAGAGACUGAUCUCUGGCUCGGAGUCACUGCCCUGGGAUUGAAUAUUUAUGAAAAGGAGAACAAACUGGCGCCGAAGACUACGUUCACGUGGUCGGAGAUACGGCACAUCAGCUUCGACGACAAGAAGUUUGUAAUAAAACCGGUGGAGAAAACGUCGCCGAACUUCGUAUUCUUCUCGCAGAAAGUUCGCAUGAAUAAACUGGUAAAAAAACAGUCAGAUGUUGGCAGCUGGGUGAAGGGUUUGAUAGCUUUAAGAUUGGACGAUCAUAACAGUGACAAAGCUGCUCACAUAUUAUUUGUUAAGAUCCUGGACCUGUGUAUCGGCAACCAUGAUCUGUUUAUGAGGAGACGGAAACCCGACUCGAUGGAGGUGCAGCAGAUGAAAGCCCAGGCCAAAGAGGAAAAGUCUAGGAGACAAAUUGAAAGAAACAAAUUGGCGCGAGAGAAACAGCUUCGGGAAGCAGCGGAGAGAGAAAAGGCAGCGAUGGAGCAGCGUCUUUUACAAUAUCAAGAAGAAAUUCGUUUGGCAAACGAAGCACUUAGGAGGUCUGAAGAAACUGCUGACCUUUUGGCUGAAAAGAGCCGCGUGGCAGAAGAAGAAGCGAUGCUGUUGAGUCAGAAAGCUUCGGAAGCCGAACAAGAAAUCACGCGUAUACGAUUAAACAAUAUGAAGACGGAGGAAGAGAAGGUUCAUCUCGAACGAAAAACUAGGGAGGCUGAAUUGUUAACAGAAAGAUUGGUGCAAGAAUCAGAAAGGAGAGCGGCAGAGGCGGAGAAGUUGAAGGACGAAUUGUUACGUGCACGAAUUGCGGAAAAGGAAGCGAAAGAAAAGUUGUUAGAGUUCCUUAGCAGGAAUGCUUAUACUGCUACUAUAGCUCCAGUGCCAAAUCUAUUCCCAUCGACACAAGUACUGCCAUCAGAUUUGCAAGCAGAUCUUCAAACGUUGCAGCUGGAUACAGAACCUUUACCAACUGACCUAACCUCCUAUGAUCUAAUCGCUGAUGGAGAUGUCGAUCAACUCUCGUUGGAGAUUGAAAAGGAAAGGGUAGAUUAUUGGGAGAAAAGUAAACACUUGCAAGAACAACUGAGAGAAUUACGUACCGAGAUUGAGGUUAUGAAAGUUGGUGAAAAACAGUGCGAGUUGGAUCAGCUACACGAAGAACAAGUACGACUUGGUGAGAACAAAUACAGUACGUUAAAAAAAGUGAAGUCAGGAUCCACUAAGGCCAGAGUUGCGUUCUUCGAGGAGUUAUAGUUUCGUAUACCGAGAGAUUGAGGAAAGUAGAUUAUAUCGACUUGACAAAGAAAUGAAUAUCUGAUUUCAUAUGAAACUUAUGGAUUAUGUAAAGACACGUACGUAUGUAUACGUUGUAGAAUACUGACACGUACGCUUUACUUUUUUGUAACGAUGUACAUUUUACUUUGUUAUAUACAUAGUGGUAGUACACAGUUUGCAUGCUGAUGUUCUAAGUGUCCUUGAUUGGAAGACCAUACUUAUAUACACACCUUCGUCAAAUGAUAACUGCAGUAAAGUUUUUUUCUUCUUUUUUUUUACUUUACGUUUGUUUCCAUCCUAUGUAUCUUUACUUGUUUGUUGUGCUAAUUUUGAAUGUUUCAAUAACAUAGCAAGAUAAUUAGAUUUUUAUGUAAAGUAUGUGCACAGAAAUCAAAAUUACAGGUAUAAUUACUAGGCGUUAAUGUUUACGUAGAAGUAAGUAAUUCUCGAAGGCAUGAAUAUUAUUCCUUUGUUUUUGGUCAAACGUUAGGUAAAACUUGGAGGAAAUAUGUAGACAGAUUUUAAAUUAGGUUAUAAACAUUUAAGGGAAUAUUACAAUAGAUCUGUAUAUAAUUUUAAAAAAAGACGAAUGUAAAGAUUCAACCAGUGUAUGAGUAUAUGUAACGUUCUUUUUUUUUUUUCUUUUGGUAAGCCUAUUUUUAAGUGUAAAGCAGAUCAUUGUUGUCAAUUUUUAUGCCAUGAAACAUAACUAACAUGAUAUAUCGUUAGUUUAAUUAGACUAGAGCAUUAGAAUCGUUGUGCAUUAAUUGUGGCCUUUGAAGAAAUGUUCCUAUCAACAUAGCAAAGAAGUCAGUGUUCAAGUAUCUCAGCGCAGGGCUUUCCAAAUGUCCCAGUAUAUUUUCACAGUCGAACCUUAGCUCAAUGAAAUUUAAUGUAAAAAGUUUUUUUAAACAUUUUUAUACACAGUUUGUUACAAAAUUGUACAUAAUUACAAAUAUUUUUACGUAAAACCAGUGAAUCAAUGAAGUGUCCUUAAAGAGAAAAAGAAUUUUAAUUUUUCAAAUUUCUUUUAAUCACUUUUAAUAACAUAUUUGAUAACGGAGAAUAUAUAAAUCCUUUACAAAACGUGCCAUAAUUGUUUGCAAAUAUGUAAUAGUAAUACAUCAGACUCUGAAUAAUAAAUGUUAUUUUUAUACGUGCUUUAAAUUAUCUUUUAAUUAAAGAGAUUUAAGAACAAAUUUCCAUUUUUGGAAAGCUGUAGUUCUAAACAAAAGGAAAUACCAUCGAUAAGGUUAUACAAUUUCUGUUUAUUACUACUAUUACUCGAACACUGAUUAUUUAGUGAUAUGGAAAUGCGAAAAUAAUAAACACAAAUGAAUAGCCUCGUUAUAUUA